AUGGACGAUUAUCGUCGUUAUCGUCAACGUCAAGACAAUUCUGCUGCGAGAGAAGACCUCUUUUCUGGCGCUACUACUAAACAACAAGGUGGAUAUCAAUAUCCACCACCUGGAGGACAAUAUCCACCACCUGGCGGACAAUAUCCACCACCACCUGGUGGUUUUGGUAGUUAUGGUGGUUACGAUCCUUAUGGGCAACAGCAAGAAACUGAAGAAGACGUUGAAGAGAUUAAGUCUCAAAUUCGAGCUACCAAAAUAGACUCUGUAGCUUCUACUCAACGAUCGUUGCAGAUGAUCAAUGACGCAGAAAAUUCAGCACAAAGUACCUUGAAUAAACUUGGAGAGCAAACUCAACGAAUAAAUUACACGGAACGCCAAAUGGAUCUUGCUGAAGCACACGCUGACCGUGCAGCAGAACAAGCUGCUAAAUUGAAAAAA